AGUUAAGCAUUAGACAUUCGAUACGUUACAUCUAUAUUUGAGUAUUCGUCAUGAUUGAGCGGCAAAAUCGAAUAAAUGAGCUAAAAGAGUGCAUUAAAGAUCACGUUAAUGAUUUAUCGGCAUGGUUGAAUUCGUGCGAAUUACGAGAUUCAAUCGAAUUUGGUUGUGGUAUAUUUGCGACGAGAGAUAUUCAGCCAAAUGAGUUGUUGUUCAGUGAUAAGCCAUUGUUGCUUGGGCCAACUGGAAAUAAGCAUGAGCCCAUUGUAUGUGUGAUUUGUUUUGAAAAAAUUGAAAAUGAUGUGAGCUGCUUUUUGUGUCCAGGUCAGUGUGGUUUGGUGUUGUGCGGUAACACUGCAUGUGCGAAUCAACACGAAAUCGAAUGCCAACUUUUACAAAAAUGGAAACCACAAAACCCAAAUGAAGUGUCAUUUAACAAAUUGAAAGCUAUGCUCGUUAUUCGAUCUCUGUUUUUGGACAAAAAACAACGAAAUAUUUUCAAUUUGAUGCAGAAAAAUUAUAUAAGCGAACAAAAUGACAUUUACUUUGAUGAUGAGUUUGAACAUUUUCCGGACGAUAAAGAAACAGUUGCAGCAUUAAGAGACGCAUCAGCUGCUAUAAAUACGAAUACAUUCAAAGUUCUCUAUCGUUGUGAUGGUUCGGAUGAUGUAAGCGUUCGCGGUUUCUAUUCAAUUAUGAGUUUAGUAAAUCACAAGUGCUCUCCGAAUGCACGGCAUGACAUUGACAAACAUUUCGUUGGUCGAAUUUUUGCCGCGCGACCAAUUAAAAAAGAUGAACAGAUUUUUAUAUCUUAUUCUCAACUGCUGUGGGGUACGAAUUCACGACGAAUGCACAUGAUGGUAUCGAAACAAUUUCUAUGCUCAUGCAAUCGUUGCCUUGAUCCCACAGAAAAUUCAACGAAUUUAUCAGCGAUUCGAUGUUUAAAUAAAGAUUGUGAUGGACUGGUCUUACCCAUUGAUGCAAUUAACUUUAAAUCACAUGCCAAGUGCAAUUUGUGCGAGAAAAUGUGCGAAAAUCAACGAUUUUUACAAAUUCAAGAAAUGUCUGCGUUAAUCACAAAAAAUUUCGUAAACAAAGAUUUUACACUGUCCGAAUUGGAUCAUUUCAUUGAAUUUAGGCUAUGUAAACUAGUGCCGAAAUCGAACCAAUUCGUUGUAGAGAGCAAAUUAAAGGCGAUUCGAAUGUUCAGCGGCACAACCUUCGAAGAUCAAAACAAAAUUCAAUGUUUUUGCGAGGACAUCUUAAGAAUUAUUGAUAAGCUUGAUGUUGGUGAAUGUUCUUUGAAAGGGAUUUUGGCACACAGAUUAUACGUCAUCCGGCAAAAACUGAAGGAAUUUCCUCCGUCGGAAUUUGAUCUGAACGGCGAUGACAGGAAGCGAAUGUCAAUUUCGAAAAUUGACGAUUUUCUAAAUGAUGACGAACAACUUUUGAAAACGGCAAAAAUAAUUUUGAGCAACACCUCAACCGCACCAGCUGAUAUUUUUGAUACAUAGCGAGCACCAAAGUUACUUUCAUUUCAAACCUAGCUUUAAACAUUUCAAAUAUAAAUUUAAUGGAAUUAACACCAUGGAUCCAAAUUCCAUAGGUGGCUGAUCAAAAUACCUUGUCAAGAAAAUGAAGACAAAUACUUUUUUCGACUACGAAAUUGUAGCCGCAUUUAUUAUUUAUUUGUUUUUAAUUCGAACAUUCGAUAAUUUUGCUGAAACAAGUGUUUUGGAAAACCACAUUUGCGUAAUUAUAUUUGAAAAACUGAAAUAAUUGUUUUCGGAUGAGAAUCCCAGAUGAACAGAAAGCUCUUACGAUCAUGUCUAUUUACAGUUGGGACUAAUAACAUCAGACUAGUAAGAUAGUUAUUACUUAUUACUAAUAAUUUCUAAUAACUGGUAAUAAGAUGUCAUCUUAUUAGUGUAAUAAGUAUAGUAAUAAGUAUAGUUAUUAGAAUGUUACUAGUCAGAAGACUAAUAAGAUGCAUGUAUCUUAUUAGUAUAGUUAUUAGUAUAGUUUCUCAUCAGUAUAUUUCGUUUGGUGUUACUAGAAGCAAAUACUACUGAAACACGAAAAACAGCAGUAAGGCAGUCAAAAUCACAAAAAAACUUCCGGUCGAUUUUUCUUCGAUUACAGCCAACUACUUUUUCUAUCUAGUCUCCGAGAGUUUUAUAUAAACUCGCCUUGCAAUAGCCAAAUGACGCCUAUUGAUUCAAUCACGAUUGGUAUUCGCUUACUAUUCAAUAGGUAUCAC